CGUGAAUAUUAAGGAUGGUCAAAUGAAACACGAAAUAAUAAACAGUCAUUUAAAUAUUUUUGUUUUCAACCGUUGUGCUCUACCUAAGUUAUGAUAUUUACGGUGGAUGAAACCGUAGAAGCAGAAAAUCGAAAAAAUGGAAUUAUAUUAAAAAUGCCUGACAACAACUAUAAAUGUGAUUCACAAAAACCAAAAGGCAUUUUGGCGAAAACGCACAUAUAUUUUAAGGAGUACUGUAAUAGUACCACUAUUCAUGGAUUCAAGUAUUUUACUGAAUCUAGAUCUUUAUGUGAAAGGUUGUUAUGGUUAAUAUUGGUAUUAUUUUCCUUAUUAGCUUGUAUAUACCUUAUAGUCCAAACAUACGUCCAAUUUCAGCAAAGUCCAGUUAUUGUUACUUUUGCUACAGCAGAUACGCCGAUCUAUACCAUUCCUUUCCCAGCCAUUACAAUAUGUCCACAGUCAAAAGCAAGAAGUAAUUUAUUUAAUUUCACUGAUGUUAGAUAUAAAAUCAUGAAAAAUCAAACCAGUCAAGUUUCUCUGAAAGCAAGACGUUACGCAAAAUAUAUGCAUCUAGUGUGUCGACCAGGAGUUAAUCUCUUCUAUGAUCGGUCAACUUUAACCGAAGAUAUGUUUGAAGCUCUUGAUGAGUUGAAAAUACCGCAAUCAGAAUUUAUGCAAAUUUGCAAUUACAUGAAUAGGCGUUUCAAAUGCAAUUCUUUAUUUUUUCCAAUAAUAUUGGACGAGGGAAUUUGUUAUACAUUCAAUAUUCUGGAUAGAAAGGAUAUGUUUAAUGAAAAUGUGGUGCAUUUUAAGAAUUAUCACCUCCUGAAUAAGAGUAUUGUAGGAUGGGACCUGGAUAAAGGAUAUCAGGCUAUCAAUGAACUUUAUUUCAAUUACCCAGUUAGGGCUCUCAUGUCUGGAGCUGAAAAUUCUAUGACUAUAGGGUUAUUUCAAAAUUCUUCAAAUAAUGAUCACUUUUGUAACACAGAUGCGCAAGGGUUUAGGGUUUUAUUACAUGCACCUUAUACAUUACCGAGGUUAAGAAGACAAUUCUUUAAUGUUGGUUUUGAAAGGUCUGUAAUAGCUACUGUUCGCCCUAGAGCGAUGACUACAUCGGGAACAGUUCAACAGUUUGAUUCAAGUAUUCGAAAAUGUUAUUUUUCUACAGAGAAGAAACUGAAAUUUUUUAAAAUAUAUUCACCACAGAAUUGUAAAUUGGAAUGUCUCACAAAUUAUACAAGGAAAGCAUGUGGAUGCGUCGAGUAUUUUAUGCCCAGAGAGAACGAGACGUUAAUAUGUGGAAACAUUCAUCGUUAUUGCGUCAGACGUGCUGAAUACACCCUAAAUCAAAAACAAUUAGAACAUGAAGUAGGAUAUAAAGAAAAUAAUAAUUCUUCUUGUGAUUGUAAACCACUUUGUAGUGAUAUUACAUAUGAUACAGAUGUUUCGUCUUCUUUUUUCGAUUUAAAAGAUAAAAUUCAAGGGCAUUGGAACCGCCGGACAAAUAAUCAGUCACAUUACGCACAGCUAAAAAUAUUUUUUGAACACGAUUCAUUUUUGGCAUCCGAAAGGAAUCAGAUGUAUGGUCCCAUAGACUUUUUAGCAAAUUUUGGUGGACUAUUAGGACUUUUUACUGGUUUCUCACUUCUAUCAGCUGUGGAACUAGUAUACUUUUUAACCGUUAGAAUGUGCUGCAAUUUUAGAUUAUACAGGUCUUGGUUUGGCCAGGAACAAGAUAGUGUUGCAUAAAUAAAUUGCUUUAUUCAAAUUAAAUGGAUAUUAAUUAAUUAGUUAUAUCUAAAUAGUUGUUUUAUGUUCAUACAAUUUAAACUGUUUCAUUGUAUUUUUAAGAAUUUUGCACAAUAUUGUAUUUUUAACGAUAUAUACACUACAUGAAAACAAAUUUUAG